CUAGCGAGAGCCUUUCAACAUCCCUCCACACGUAACCAGUUGGUCCUUCAGCUUGCUGUCGUGCUUUCCCAUCUCCAAGUUGGAGCCCCACUGCAGGCCAAGACACACAAAGAGAACCGGUCGUCACCCGCCAAGAUUCAAAAGGCGGGUCUUGCUGGUCUGUGCGCCCAACCUAUCACAGUGCAGCCCUACCCGCACAACCUGCAAAGGAAUUGGCAAAAUCGACCUGGGAAUUUGAACCUCAGAGGAAGCAACCCCGACAACGACAAUCUUCGACAACCAGCCGCCAAAAUGCGCACCUACGAGGAUACCUUCUCCGGCGCCCGGAUCUACCCUGGCAAGGGCAAGCUGUACGUCCGUGGCGACAGUAAGAUCUUCCGUUUCCAAAACGGCAAAUCCGAGUCCCUUUUCCUCCAGCGCAAGAACCCUCGCCGCAUCGCCUGGACUGUCCUCUACCGCAGACAACACAAGAAGGGUAUCUCUGAGGAGGUUGCUAAGAAGCGUACUCGCCGCACCGUCAAGUCCCAGCGUGCCAUCGUUGGUGCUACCCUCGAUGUGAUCAAGGAGCGCCGCUCCAUGCGCCCCGAGGCCCGCUCUGCUGCUCGCGCUCAGGCCAUUAAGGAGGCCAAGGAGAAGAAGGCUGCUUCCGCCGCCGCUAAGAAGUCUGAGAAGGCCAAGGCUGCUGCCAACGCCUCCAAGGGCCGUAUCGUCGGCAAGCAGGGUGCUAAGGGUGCGCAGUCCAAGCCUGCCAUCCACAGCCGUUAAGGGGUUACAUCUCUGGGUUGGUUGCAUUUAGGUCUGGGGUGAAGAUGAUAUUCUAUCUUGGGCAAACACAACAAGGGAGAAUAGAAGAAUGGUAUCUUCACAACCAUCGCACAAAACGGUCUUGCCUGUGACCGGAGGGAAACGCGGAGUCGGUCGGUCGGUACUCGGUUUUUUCAUUAUGCCUGCUCUCUCAAACCUCUCCACAGGGAGGGUUCUUUACUCUUUUUUUUGAUGAAUGGACAAGUCACAAGAAAAGCUUGUUCCUUUCUGAAAAAGCCACGGGGCCGGUUGUAUGAUUGGGUCCCUGCGUAACGGGUAUGAAGACGAUUUGCAUGGGUAGCUCACAGAAUGCCGACUUAUGCAUUGGUCUGACAUGGGCCGCUUCGCGGGAUAUUUGAGUGGUUUUCUGUGUGUCGUGUUUUUGUUUCUUGUGAAUACCACGGGCAGUGGUUUCCCCAGUCCCUCAGCCUGGAAUA